AUGGCAGCCCAGGUAGAGAACGGCGUCGCCGACCUGAAGUUGGAUGACGCCCAGGGCAAGCCCACAACCGGCGAGAAGCCCACAGAGGGCGCCGACCACGAGGACUCGGACGACGACAACGAGGCCGAGGACGGCGCCGAGGGUGCCGGUGAGGGUGCAGCCAAAAAGAAGAAGAAGAGAAAGCCUAGAAAGAAGAAGAAGGCCGGUGCUGCUGCUGGUGCCAAAACCCAGACCUCCCCGCCCCGCGUGCCCAUCGCGGACCUGUACCCCAGCAAUGUCUACCCCGAGGGCGAGAUCUGCGAAUACCUCGACGAGAAUAGCUACCGCACGACCAGCGAGGAGAAGCGCCACCUCGACCGCCUGAACAACGACUUCCUCAACGACUACCGCAAGGGCGCAGAGAUCCACCGACAGGUCAGGCAAUGGGCGCAGAAGUCGAUUAAGCCGGGUAUGUCGCUCACCGAGAUUGCUGAGGGCAUUGAAGACUCCGUGCGCCAUCUCACAGGCCACAUGGGACUCGAGAUGGGCGACGCUCAGAUUGCUGGAAUGGGCUUCCCCACUGGUCUCAGCAUCAACCACUGUGCUGCCCACUACACACCCAACGCAGGCAACAAGAUGGUCGUCAACUACGAAGACGUUAUGAAAGUCGACUUCGGUGUGCACAUUAACGGCCGCAUCGUCGACAGCGCCUUUACCAUGACCUUCGAUCCCGUGUACGACAACCUCGUCGAGGCGUGCAAGGCUGCCACGAACGCUGGUGUCAAGGAAGCCGGUAUUGAUGUGCGCAUGAGCGACAUUGGUGCCGCAAUCCAGGAAGUCAUGGAGAGCUAUGAGGUUGAGAUCAAGGGCCAGAUGCUGCCGGUCAAGUGCAUCCGCAACCUCAAUGGACAUAGCAUCGGCCACUACACUAUCCACGGCGGCAAGACAGUGCCCAUUGUCAAGGGAGGUGACCAGACGAAGAUGGAGGAAGGGGAGACGUUCGCUAUCGAGACAUUCGGUUCCACUGGAAAGGGCUACGUACGUGAUGACAUGGAGACGAGUCACUACGCACUACGUCCAGAUGCGCCAAAGGUCGCGCUGAGGGUAUCAAGUGCGAAGACACUGCUUAACUCCAUCACGAAAAACUUCGGCACGCUGCCGUGGUGCAGGCGUUACUUGGACCGCUUAGGUCACGACAAGUACCUGCUGGGGUUGAACAACUUGGUGUCUGCAGGCAUAGUUGAGGCAUACCCACCGCUGUGCGACAUCAAGGGCAGCUACACAGCACAGAGCGAACACGUAAGUUGUACUACUGUUAGGGAAGAGUAACACUGACCAUUGAUAGACACUUAUCCUCCGACCAAACGUCAAGGAGGUCAUCAGUCGUGGUGACGACUACUAAGCUCUAGGAUCGACGCGAUAUUUCCAACAUACCAAAAGAUUGCUCGACUGAUUCGCUUUACGGAGUGACAGGUAGCACAAUGACAUCACG